UUGGCUUUGGGGCGGUUGCAGCAAAGGGAUGGUUACAGAAAAUGAACUGGGGAAAUCUUUCUUCCGGGCUCCCAGUGUCCUUCGAGGAGGUGGCCGUGUUCUUCACAGAGGAGGAAUGGGCUCUGCUGGAUCAUGCCCAAAGAGCUCUGUACUGGGAAGUCAUGAGGGAGAAUUAUGAGACUGCAGCCUCUAUGGGACUUUGGGUUCCUGGACCAUUCCUUAGCUCGCAACACCAUCCAAGAGAAAUGAGGUUCCUCCAGAGGCAUGAGAAAUUGGGAAGGUAUGCAAGUCUUCCCUUGUCAGAAAAUGAGACCUUGAGAGCAGAGAAGGGCCUUGUGUCAGAAGACGCCCCAGAGAGGUUACCAGAAGGAUCUCAAGAGGACAUUCCCUUCCCGACUGGACUGGGAGAGAAGCACUAUAAAUGCUUAGAGUGUGGAAAGACCUUCUCUUACAGUGCCAGCCUCGUUAUACAUCAGAGGAUUCACAGUGGAGAGAAGCCAUAUAAAUGCUUGGAAUGUGGAAAGAACUUCUCUCAGAGUGGCAACCUCACUAGCCAUCAACGAAUUCACACAGGAGAGAAGUGCUAUAAAUGUUUGGAGUGUGGAAAGACCUUCUCAUACAGUGGCAACCUCAUUACACAUCAGAGGAUCCACAGAGGAGAGAAGCCAUAUAAAUGCUUGGAGUGUGGAAAGAGCUUCUCUUGCAGUGGCACUCUCUCUAACCAUCAGCAGAUUCACACAGGGGAGAAGCGCUAUAAAUGCUUGGAAUGUGGAAAGACCUUCUCUCACAGUGGCAACAUCACUAAACAUCAAAUGAUUCACACAGGAGAGAAACCAUGUAGAUGCUUGGAGUGUGGGAAGAGCUUUGCUCGCAAGGAUAGCCUUACUUUACAUCAGAGGGUUCACACUGGGGAGAAGCCAUAUAAAUGCUUGGCAUGUGGAAAGUGCUUUAGUCGGAAAAACAGCCUUACUUUACAUCAAAGGAUUCACAGAGGGGAAAAACCAUAUAAAUGCUUGGAGUGUGGAAAGAACUUCUCUCAGAGUAGCAACCUCACUAGCCAUCAGCAGAUUCACACAGGAGAGAAGCGCUAUAAAUGUUUGGAGUGUGGAAAGGCCUUUUCUCACAAGGGUGACAUCACUACACAUCAGAGGAUUCACACAGGAGACAAACCAUAUAGAUGUUUGGAAUGUGGGAAGAGCUUCAGUCAGAAGGGUAGCCUUACUUUACAUCAGACAGUUCACAUGAGGGAAAAGAUGUAUAAAUGUUCAGAGUGUGAAAAGAGCUUCAGCUGGAAAUAUAGCCUUACUUUACAUCAGAGGAUUCACAGAGGGGAGAAGCCUUAUAAAUGCUUGGAGUGUGGAAAGACUUUCUCCUACAGUGGCAACCUCUCUACACAUCAGAGAAUUCACACAGGAGAGAAGCCAUAUAAAUGCUUGCAGUGUGGGAAGGACUUCUCUCAGAGUAGCACCCUUGCUAACCAUCAGCUGAUUCACACAGGAGAGAAGCGCUAUAAAUGCUUGGAGUGUGGAAAGGACUUCACUCACAGCGGUGACCUCGCCACGCAUCAAAGGAUUCACAGCGGGGAGAAACCCUAUAAAUGUUUGGAGUGUGGGAAGGACUUCAGACAAAGAGGGAAUCUCAUUUCACAUCAACGGGUUCACACUGGGGAGAAGCCAUUUCAUUGCUCGCGUUGUAGCAAGAGCUUUUCUUAUCAGUCAAGCCUUAGUCAACAUAAGAAGAUUCACAGGGAGGAAAAACUGUAAAAAUGUUUGGAAUGUGGGGAAAUUACUGUGAACUACAAUUCCCAAAAGCCCUUGCGGGUGGAAGUAAGUAUUUGGUUCUUAGAGAAGACAGGAAAGUUUGAAAUACGUAGCCUGACGCCCCUCGCUGCGCCUAGGACGACCGUUUCAGACGCAGCUCCUCCCGCUCUUUUCCCUAGCUCAGAGGACGACUUUGGCUUUUGCAGGAAAGAAUUUGGCUGUGAGAUUCUGCUUUCUUGCGUGAAUUCUCCGGGACAGUUAGAGAAGAUGAGUGGGGGGAAUCCUCCUUCCGGGCCCCCAGUGUCCUUCGAGGAGGUGGCCAUUUUCUUCACAGAAGAGGAAUGGGCUCUGCUGGAUCCGGCCCAGAAAGCUCUGUACUGGGAAGUUAUUCAGGAGAAUUGCGAGACAGCAGCCUCUCUGGGUCUGUGGGUUCCUGGACCAUUCCUUGAUUUGCAGGAUCAUUCAAGAGAAAUGUGGUUCCUCCAGAGCUCUGAGGGAUCAGGAAGAUGUUCAGGUACUCCCUGGUCAGAAAAAGAUGCACCAGAGCCUGAGAGACUGGGGUGGCAAAGAGUGGUGUUUGCGCAAAGAGAUGAACAUCUGGAGGUGAAACCUUGGGAUCAAAAUGGACUUCAGAGGCCACUGAAAAGAAAAAGGGAAGGAACGCAGAAGUGGACGGAAGAAUUGUUUGUCUAUCAGGGCAAAAACUUGUGUGACAUCCCAGUGCAAAGCAAAAUACAAAAAGAAAAGGAAAAGAAUAAUUGCUCUGUCAAUGGAGAAAGGUUCAGCUAUGUAUCCAGUGUUAAAAAACACCCGAAGAUCCAAAUAGGCAUGGAAAUAUAUGGUUACUUGAACUGUGAAAAGAGCUUCUCUUCGAAUAACCAGCUAACUUUUCAUCAACAAAUUCACACAGGAGAGAAGCUGUACAAAUGCUCAAAGUGCGGGAAAAGCUUCAGUCAAAGCUCAAGCCUUACAUCACAUCUCCUGCUUCACGAUGGUGAGAAACCGUAUCAGUGCUCAGAAUGUGAGAAGAAAUUUAGAAGGCGAGACCACCUUAUCUCACAUCAACGUGUUCAUACUGGGGAGAAACCAUAUGAGUGCUCAGAUUGUAGCAUGAGGUUUUCUCAUAAAUCAGGCCUUAGCCAACAUAAAAGAAAACACACAGGAGAAAAGCCCUAUAAAUGCUUAGAGUGUGGAAAAAGCUUCUCUUGGAAUGGCCAGCUAACUUAUCAUCAGCGAAUUCACACCGGAGAGAAGCCAUACAAAUGUUCAGUGUGUGGGAAGAGCUUCAAUCAAAGCUCAAGCCUUACAUCACAUCUUCUGCUUCACGGUGGUGAGAAACCAUAUCAUUGUUUGGAAUGUGGAAAGAAAUUUACACGGAGAUCCCACCUUAUUUCACAUCAACGCAUUCACACUGGGGAGAAGCCAUAUGAAUGCUCAGAUUGUAGUAUGAGGUUUUCUCAUAAAUCAAGCCUUAACAAACAUAAGAGGAAACACACAGGAGAGAAGCCCUAUAAAUGCUUGGAUUGUGGAAAGUACUUCUCUUGGAAUAGCCAGCUAACUUUUCAUCAACAAAUCCACAUAGGAGAGAAGCUAAACAAAUACUUGGAGUGUGAAAAGACAUUCAUCCAGAGAACAACCUUUACAUCACAUCUGCUCCACAGAAGUGAGAAACCAUAUCAGUGCUCAGAAUGUGGGAAGAACUUUAGACGGCGAGACCACCUUAUCUCACAUCAACGUGUUCACACUGGGGAGAAGCCAUAUGAAUGCUCAGAUUGUAGUAUGAGGUUUGCUCAUAAAUCAGGCCUUAGCCAACAUAAGAGGAAACACACAGGAGAGAAGCCCUGUAAAUGUUUGGAGUGUGGGAAAAGUUUCUCUAGGAAUAGCCAGCUAACUUUACAUCAACAAAUUCACACAGGACAGAAGUCAUACAAAUGUUCAAUGUAUGGGAAGAGCUUCAAGCAGAGCUCAAGCCUUACAUCACAUCUCCUGCUUCUCGGUGGUGAGAAACCAUAUCAUUGUUUGGAAUGUGGGAAGAACUUUAGAUGGAAAUACCACCUUACUUCACAUGAAUGCAUUCACAGUGGGAAGAAUCCAUAUGAAUGCUCAGACCGUAGCAUGAGGUUUUCUCAUAAAUCAGGCCUUAACCAACAUAAGAGGAAACACACAGGAGAGAAGCCCUAUAAAUGCUUGGAGUGUGGAAAGAACUUCUCUUGGAAUAGCCAGCUAACUUUUCAUCAACGAAUUCACACAGAAGAGAAGCUAAAUAAAUACUUGGAGUGUGAAAAUAAGUUCAUCCAGAGAACAAGCCUUACAUCACACCAACCAUAUCAUUGUUUGGAAUGUGGGAAGAACUUCAGACGGAAAGACCAUCUUACUUCACAUCAACGUGUUCACACUGGGGAGAAGCCAUAUGAAUGCUCAGAUUGUAGCAUGAGGUUUUCUCAAAAAUCCGGCCUUAACCAACAUAGAAGAAAACACACAGGAGAGAAGCCCUAUAAAUGCUUGGAGUGUGGAAAGAACUUCUCUUGGAAUAGCCAGCUAACUUUUCAUCGACGAAUUCACACAGGAGAGAAGCUAAAUAAAUACUUGGAGUGUGAAAAUAAGUUCACCCAGAGAACAAGCCUUACAUCACACCUUCUGGUCCACGGAAGUGAGAAACCAUAUCAUUGUUUGGAAUGUGGGAAGAACUUCAGACGGAAAGACCAUCUUACUUCACAUCAACGUGUUCACACUGGGGAGAAGCCAUAUGAAUGCUCAGAUUGUAGCAUGAGGUUUUCUCAUAAAUCAGGCCUUAGCCAACAUAAAAGAAAACACACAGGAGAGAAGCCCUAUAAAUGCUUGGAGUGUGGAAAGAGUUUCCCUUGGAAUGGCCAGCUAUCUUUUCAUCGACGAAUUCACACAGGAGAGAAGCCAUACAAAUGUUCAGUGUGUGGGAAGAGCUUCAAGCAAAGCUCAAGCCUUACAUCACAUCUCCUGCUUCACGGUGGUGAGAAACCAUAUCAUUGUUUGGAAUGCGGGAAGAACUUUACACGGAGAGACCACCUUACUUCACAUCAACGUGUUCACACUGGGGAGAAGCCAUAUGAAUGCUCAGAUUGUAGUAUGAGGUUUUCUCAUAAAUCAGGCCUUAACCAACAUAAGAGGAAGCACACAGGAGAGAAGACAUAUAUAAUGCUUGGAGUGUGGAAUGAACUCUCGGCAUACCCACCUACUUGUUCAUGAAGGAAUUCACACAGGGAAGAAGUCAGAUAAAGACCUGGAGUGUGGGGAAAGCUUUCAUUAGCCACCUAAUUGUGCGUCAUGCCGUAUAAACGCUUGGGGUGUGGGAAGCCCUUCAGUGAGAGCUCAAACCUUAUGUUACAUCUCCUGUUUGGCACAAAUGAGAAAGCAUAUCAGUGUUCAGAAUGUGAGAAAAGCUUCAAACGGAGAUAGCACCUUACCUCACAUCAGCGUGUUCACACUGGGGGGGAAGCCAUACAAAUGUUCAGAACUGUACUAAGCUUUCUCAUAACUCAUCUUUUAAUUAACAUAGGAGGCAUGCAGAAGAGAAGCCAUAUGAAUGCUCUGGAGUGUAGAAAGAGCUUCAGAGGGAGAGGGAGCCUUCACAUCAGUUCAUUUACACUAGGGGGUGGCCAUAUAAAUGCUCAGAUUGUAGCAAGAGCUUUUCUUAUAAAUCAAAGCUUAAUAAGCAUAAGUAGACUCUAGAGGGGAGAAACUAUAAAAAUGUCUGGAAUGUGGGGAAAGCUUCAGUCCUAGCACAAGGUUUAAUUGGAAGACUCACAGUACUGGAGAAACUUCUCAUUGACGUGUUCACACAGCAGUAAAGCCAUGCUGAGGUUGAAGCAGGGCUUUUCCCACAAAUCUGUUAUUACUCUGCUUUAGGAAGAUUCAAGCAAAGGAAUUAUCUAAGUGCCUGCUUUUUCUCAAUCAGUCAAAUUACUGCACAACAUAGGAGGGCUUUCUGGCUAUUUUUCAGGCUUAAAUAAGUUUUAGGAGUUAUAUUGCUGUUAUACGUUUUCUUUAAUGCAUUGCAGUUUUGAUAUUUGCCCCCUUAGGGACUCCCAUUUGUGCGGAAAGGCAGCGUAGAAAUGUUAUAAAAGUCAAGCAAGGAGCAGAUUUUUCUGUGCACAGCUAGGAAAUCCCUCAGAUCUCCCAACUGCCUCUUUAACUGGCAAGAUGUUGAACGAAAUAAAUAAACUUGUAAGUUUUUAGAGGAUGUGUUUUUCUUAAUAGACAGCAAAUUUCAUAGUAAGGCAGAAUCUCUUCUGAAUCCAUGUCGGAUGUGCACUUGAGCUCUUCUGUUCCACAAAGCUUUAUUGUAUAGUGCUAAAGAGUAGGAAUUAUUCUCCCCCCCCCUAAGGCCACAUUCCCCAUGUUUCUGUGUGAGUCAGACCACUGAGAAUGCACAUCACCUGGAAAGGUCAGGUAUAGUACAGUGGGGCACAGAGAGAGACAACAGUCUGCAUCUCGCCGUGGCUUAGUCUUCUGCAUCAAGGAUGAUUCAGCCAAACCUGAUCUGAGACACAGUGAUUAUUAACUGAAUCUAACAGAAGCUGAUGGGAAGGAAGAAGCUCGUGUGCUGACAUGCAAACGGGUGGAAUUCUAGCAGGAGCUACUUUGCAUAUUAGGCCACACACCCCUGAUGUAACCAAUCCUACAAGAGCUUACAAAAAAGAGCCUUGCAAGCUCUUGGAAGAUUGGCUACACCAGGGUGUGUGGCCUAAUAUGCAAAGGAGCUCCUGCUAAAAUUCCACCGCUGCAUGCAGAGAUACAGCAGGCUCACUCUUCUGUUUGAAUUGGUGUUUUGGGCUCAAACAUUUUUUUACUGGGUUUCUUUAUGUUUGUAGCACGUUCAAGAGUUCUUUCAAGGCCUAUUCUUUGGGAAUUACUGAAGAAGGGACUGGGAACCAGGUUUGGAAUCAACCGCCCAUUUCUAGCAAAUGUUUCCCACUAAACAAGAAAUACUUCUGAGGAAGUGUUUUUAGGAUCUUGUUGCAGGCCUUGUCUUACAGCCUCUCACUCUAGUUAGAGACCCUGCCUUAUUAUGAGAUAGAUUUUAUGAAUUGUAUUUUAGUUCAGUUCAGCUUUAUUACGAUCGAAGACCAGAACUUAAAUACCUAUGGAUAAAAUGCCACAUAGGGCAAUAAACAGGAUACAAACCAGGAUACAGGAAAAUAAUUUUUACGUGGAUAAAUGAUAAAGGAAUAAAAUGUUAAAAUUCCGCUACUUGAGCUAAUAAAGAUUUUCUUAUCCCUACA